AUGUCUAGUACUCUAUUUCUGCCUUGUUCUGAUGUUUCAAUCUUUCAGUCUAUAAUGACAGGUCCACUUCAGAAGAAAUUUCUACUCCUAGGAACAUCUCAGUGUAUAAGUAGUCUUAAACUAACAACCCUCAACUGUUCAGACAUUUCACCUUUGACAAACAUUAGUACAGACAACAAUGAACCCUCAGAAUCAUGUCCAGAAUACUUUAAAUGGAUUCAUGAAGAUUUAAAACCAUGGAAAGUUACAGGAAUAACAAAGGAAAUGAUCGAAAAGGCGAAAGAAAAAGCACAUAUAAACAUAGUCAUUAUGAAUGGGAGAAUGUAUGUAGAAAAGUUUAAAGAGGCAUUCCAAACUAGAGAUACUGUGACAAUAUGGGGGAUUUUGCAGCUUCUUAGGUUGUACCCGGGGAAGCUACCGGACUUGGAUUUAAUGUUUGAAUGUGGUGACACGCCGAAGAUCCGAAAACAAGAUUAUGCAAGAUCAAAUGCUUCGUAUCCUCUCCCGCCCCUGUUUCAUUACUGUGGAGAUGACUCGAGUUUUGAUAUUGUUUUUCCCGACUGGUCCUUUUGGGGUUGGCCAGAGCUUAAUAUCAAGCCAUGGGAUAUCUUGAAAAAGGACUUGCAAGAAGGCAAUAGUAGAAUCAAAUGGAGUGACAGGGAAACUUAUGCUUAUUGGAAAGGUAACGCCAAGGUAUCCGCCGCGAGAUACGAGUUAGUGAAAUGCAAUGCCUCUGAAUGGAAUACUCGAAUUGACCAAGUGGAUUGGGGACAUGAGAUAAAACAUGGAUUUGAAACUGCAGAUUUAGCAAGCCAAUGCACUUAUAGAUACAAAAUUUAUGCUGAAGGGGUGGCAUGGUCUGCACAAGAGAUUGGAAAAACAGGGAGCAAAUAUGUUCAAGAACAACUGAGAAUGAAAUAUGUUUAUGACUACAUGUUUCAUUUGCUAAAUGAAUAUUCUAAGCUUCAGAAAUAUAAACCAACUGUACCAAAAGGGGCUGUCGAAGUGUGCACAGAGACAAUGGUUUGUUCUGUCGAAGGUUUGAUGAAGAAAUUUAGGAUUGAUUCAAUGGUAAAAGAUCCUGCAGAUUCAUCUCCAUGCACAAUGCCUUCCUCCUAUUAUCCUGCAGAACUUGAAGAUUUUCUUGAAAUGAAAGAGAAUCUAACUAAGCAAGUUAGAAUGUUGGAAGAAAAUGAAAGUAUUGGAAUCUCAACCAUUAAAAUUUGA